CUACAACUGGUAGCGACCCCAGCCUGUCCCCGGAUUCGCAAGACCCCAGCCAGGACGACGCCAAGGACUUGGAAAGCGCCAAUAUCUCCGACAAGGAGGUGGGCAGCAAUGAGAACGACGACCAAAAUCUGGGGGCUAAACGGAGGGGGCCCCGCACCACCAUCAAAGCCAAACAACUGGAGACCCUCAAAGCAGCCUUCGCCGCCACUCCGAAACCCACCCGGCACAUCCGUGAGCAGCUGGCUCAGGAGACCGGCCUUAACAUGCGGGUCAUCCAGGUUUGGUUCCAGAACAGGCGUUCUAAGGAAAGGCGCAUGAAACAGCUGAGCGCCCUGGGGGCCCGCAGGCACGCAUUUUUCCGCAGCCCUCGCCGCAUGAGACCGCUGGUGGACCGUCUGGAGCCGGGCGAGCUCAUUCCCAAUGGGCCGUUUUCCUUUUACGGAGAUUAUCAGAGUGAAUAUUAUGGACCCGGAAGCAAUUAUGAUUUUUUCCCACAAGGACCUCCAUCUUCCCAAGCGCAGACCCCAGUGGAUCUCCCCUUCAUACCCUCCUCAGGACCAUCAGGGACCCCACUUGGGGGGAUGGACCAUCCCGUACCUGGACACCACCCGUCCAGCGAAGCUCAACGUUUCACAGACAUCAUGUCCCAUCCUCCCGGAGACUCGCCUAGCCCGGAACCCAAUUUACCUGGUUCCUUGCACUCCAUGUCAGCAGAAGUCUUUGGACCGAGUCCUCCAUUUUCGUCCAUAUCGGUCAACGGGGGUGGUAACUACGGUAACCACUUGUCGCAUCCACCGGAAAUGAAUGAGGCUGUUGUAUGGUAGCUUUAAGCACCUGGAACUAUGUUCGGGAAGGCAUGAGUCAAGCAAUUUCCAUCCUGCACAUACCGCGAUGUAUAGAAAUGAGUUUCAAGAAAUAGACAUCCCACCCGCACCCCCGCAUUUAUUUUCACUCCUUUUUUCUCUCUCUCAUUCGGCUUAAUUCUUGGGAAUUAAUUGAAUUUAUUCAGAGCCCAGGGAAAUUUUGCUACGAACUGGGGGACAAUCUUAACCCAACAGAAUGAAGGAAGAUCACUUCCCCCCACCUCCUCCUUUUGUACUGAGUGAAAAAGACACUCGUGAAGUGUUUUGAUACCGCAAUAUAUAUUACAGGAUGGCUUAUCCUUGGAUGCUCACAACACGAUCCUUCUAGGAAUUGAGACGAGUUAACCUUUCCAUCAGAAAAAAAAAAGGAACUAGUCCUGAAUGAAAAGAAUAAGCGAGCCAAGGUUCGCAAGAGAGUGAAAAAGGGAAGAACAAACAGCUUAAAAAGAAUUCUAGCAAUUUUUUUAAAAAAUAUGAUUUUAUUGCUUGUUAAUUUUGCCUCUGAAAGUUGGACGCAGUUCACAAUGACUUCUUGAGCCUCUGAAUUUGCUUCUCAGGCAGACAAAAAAUGUAGUUUAUUUUAUUGUUCUUUUGGGAAGGGUUUUGUUUUGUUUUUUUUGUUGGGCGGGUGGGGGUGACCAGAGUAACAAAUAUUUAAAUGUUAGCCCUCAGUAUCAACUUUCUACCUUCUCCAAGCAACACACACCAAUAAUCCUCAAAAAGACAGAAGUCCUCUUUGACUUUUAUGUUUAAAAAGAAUGACUUGAAAAAAAAAAGUGAAUAAAGUGUUCUACCUUCGCAUAAAAAAAAAUAAAAGCUAAACAAAUCUCAAAUAAAGACUCUAUGGAACUAGGGGGGAAAAAACAGUCAACUGUUUACGUCGAAUGUUAAAAUUCAGGAGCUCAAUGUUUUACAAAAAUAAUAAUAAUAAUAAUAAUCCUGUUUUAGAACCUCUUGUUCAAAAGCAAAGUAUUUUGAGCAAUCAACCAAAAUCGUUCAUCUUCGCUUUAUUUUAUUUUUUCCUUUGAUUUUCCCUCCCCUGUAGAUGUAAUAGGACGUUACAGGGCUUAUGAGUCACUUCUAGUUUGUUGAGAUGGUGUUUACACAAGACAAAAGAAGACAAACCUUUUAAAAAAAUCAGACGGUUGCCAAAUAAACAAUUCCAUAGCACAAAACCUGGGUGGUAGGUACCCAUAGGCCAGGAAAAUCUUUUAAACCAAGUGUU